GAGAUAGAGAGAAUAAGCGAAGACGGUGGGGGGAAAGGAAUCACAUAGGAGAGACUCUUUCUCUCUCUUCUAUUUUUUAACCCGUCGUCUCCGGGGAAGGAAGUCGAUGGUCCAUUCGUUCGCUGCUUUGCGUGUUUUGACUAUAGACCAGAGAAAGAGAGAGAGGCUUAGCUAGUUUGAGUGUCGUUUUCUGAGAUAUAGUCUCGAGGAACGCAGACCCAAAUCCCUCUCCUUUCCAUGCCCUUCUGAUGUUUUUUAAUUCGUCUUUCAUUGCGUAACAACAUACAUAUCCCACCUAUUCCCCAUAUCCGUCUCUCUCCCCCUCUUCAUCUCCCUAUCUUUCUCUCGAGCAUGUCUGUUUGUUGAAGAAGAAGAAGAAGAGAGAAGACUAGAAGAGUGUGUGUCUCUCUCUCUCUCUCUCUCUCUCUCUCUAAAAACCUCUUUCAAUUCCUUUCUUUUCUCUCUCAAAUCUCAACUCCUUUUCAGCAUACCAAGGUCCUAGCUCCUUCCUCACACCCCUCUCUAGCUACCUCACCAAUCCACUUCGAAAACUCACAUACCCAAUUGAGUUUAACCUUAGAACUGGACAAUCACUGAGAUUUUGUUUAAAAAAAUUCCUCUUGGAAUCGACAAUGUUUGUCGAAUCCUCUUCGAUGGCUGCUCCUGAUCUUUCCUUACACAUUAGCCCUCCUAAUAGUGCUCCUUCCUCGAUGUGUAAUGGCAACAACAAGCCCGACACCGGAUUCGAUCUUUGGAGACGACAAUCGGAAGGUUUGAGGUUGAACAGUGAUAGCUCAGUGAGGACAGACUCACAAGCUUACACAGAGCUUUCACUAGCAAACCCAAGAAAUGGGUUGGAAUCUGAGAGUUGUAUUUGGAGGAGAAACUUCACAAGAGGAAGUAAAGAAGAUGAAGUAGUAGUACAGCAUCAAGAGCAAUCACAGCUUCUUCACCAUCUUAACAGAAACCGACUUAAUCAUGGGGUUUCAUCAUCACCACUCCAUGAUGUCUCAGAAGGGUCAAGACCUAUAAAAGGGAUUCCAGUUUAUCAUAGCCGUUCAUUCCCAUUCAUGCCUUUGGAACAUCCAAGGGAGAAGGAUCCAAAGAUGUGUUUCUACCCAAUGUCAUCUUGCCCUUCUUCUUCUUCUUUUUGUUCUUCUGCUUCUCCUACUACUCGGUUUCUACCAGGAGGUUUAGACCCCAUGGCAAUCUUAAACUCUGGACCCAACUCUUCUUCUUCGUCGACGGCUUAUCGGAUAGCGGCGGCUGCGUCAAGGAUUAAUGGGUUGUCGUCGGAUUCCUUCAAAUCCCACCAACUAAAUCAUCAAUACAACCCACACCACCACCUCCACCACCAACAGUAUGGGAUGGGACCUUCAUCAGAGGGUUCUCAUGGGAUGAUUAGAUCAAGAUUCAUGCCAAAGCUACCGGCGAAGAGGAGUAUGAGAGCGCCGCGUAUGCGUUGGACAAGCACUCUUCAUGCUCGCUUUGUUCAUGCAGUGGAGCUCCUUGGCGGACAUGAAAGGGCUACUCCAAAAUCUGUUCUUGAGCUCAUGGAUGUCAAAGAUCUCACAUUAGCUCAUGUUAAGAGUCACUUACAGAUGUAUCGAACUGUUAAGACCACUGACAAACCUGCAGCCUCCUCAGGCCAAUCGGAUGGGUCUGGAGAAGAAGAUGCCAUGCCAGCAACUGGUGAUCUUAGUUUGCCACGGUUAAUUGAUAAUCAAAGAGCAUCAUCAGAUGGAUCUGUACAGAGAGACUCAGAUUACCCUUCUAACACUACUUUGUGGAGCAACUCUUCAAGCAGUAGAGAAGCUUGGCUGCAAACUAAUUCAAGUGACAGGGAUGGGCUUAGACCUUCAACCUUCUCCUCCCAACAAAGAUCAGGACACCAAGUUGAGGAGAGCGAAUUCAACCGGUCGAAAAGUUUUCUAGGAUCCCAUAUGGAUCUCAAGAAUCCAAACUUGGAAUUCACCUUAGGAAGACCGGAUUGGCACGGAGAAGAGCAUGAUUGAUCAAAUGCUAGAGACUUUUCAUUGUUUUUAAGUGGGCAUCCCUUGAUUGAAUCCAGUAUCUUCUUGGGUAACAUAUAGGAUAUAUAUAGAUAUAGAUAUAUGGUCACAAACACAGCUUCCAGAAGUGUUAAAAGAGUUGGAAGGUGGAAAGAAAUUAAUAGCUGUAUCUUACUAAUUCCAUCCAUGUAAGUCUCUCUUUUUGGUAUUUUUUUUUUUGUAAGUGGCUGAAGCUGCACUUUAUGUUGAGCUAUGAUGUUGUUCCAUAUUGAAUCCAGGAAAGAAGAAGAGAAGAAAAGAAAAAGGCAAAGAAAAGACAAAAAAAAAAAAAAAAGAAGGAAAAGGAAUCAUGUCUUUAAUGGUGCACUAUGUGGCUAGUAUUCUUUCUUUUUUCUUUUUCUUUUUCUUCUAUUAACGUCUAAUCCAAUCCUGUCUGAGGGUUACUAGUUGGGAUAUUUAUGUUGUGAAGAGUGUGAAAAGCUUGACUUUUAGGAGAUCUCUUUAUGUCAUUAGAUAUUAACGUCGAUAUGCCCACUCUAAGAAGC